AUGACGACGCAAGACGAGACCUUCGAGCAAGAAAGUGUAUAUUCGUAUCAGACAGAUGACGAAGAAGACGAAGAAAGCCAAGCCAAGAGCUCCGUUCCGUCAUCUCCUUUAUCUCGUAACGGAUCCAGUAACGAUCCCGUUACCUGGCCUCGGAGUUAUAGACAAUCUAUGGAUAUGUUGACCGGAGUUACACCUCCGAAUAGGACAAGUUUUGUAUCUUCGUUUCGCCAGAGGCGACAAAGCUCUGCUUUCUGUUCCUUUACUUCAUCCCCAAGCAAACAGCAACUUCUCGUCGACAAUGAUGAGAUCCACAACUCUCGUGUAACAUCCAUCAAAUCAUUCAUUGCUUCUCAUCUCAAGCUAUCACUCCCUGAGGAUCUUUCUAUUCCCCAUGAAGGUCGCAGCUGCACGGUCUCUCAAUCCGUUCUCAAUGGAAUCAAUGUUCUAUGUGGAGGAGCUUUACUAACAAUGCCUUACGCAGUAAAAGAAGGAGGGUGGUUAGGGCUUGUAAUACUCUUCGCCUUUGGCAUCAUCACUUUCUACACAGGUAUUCUCCUCAAGAGAUGUCUCGAGAAUUCACCUGGGAUCCACACUUACCCUGACAUCGGUCAAGCGGCUUUCGGCACCACUGGACGCAUCCUCGCCUCUAUACUUCUCUAUGUGGAGUUAUAUGCAACUUGUGUGGAAUACAUAAUCAUGAUGAGUGAUAAUCUAGCAGGGAUGUUUCCAAACACCUCCUUCUACGUCAACGGAGUGUCUCUAGACGCUAAUCAAGUUUUCGCCAUUAGCGCGACUCUUAUUGUUCUUCCGACUGUCUGGCUCAGGGACCUUAGCUUAUUGUCCUAUCUCUCAGCCGGGGGUGUCUUCUCUUCAAUACUGCUUGCACUUUGCCUCUUUUGGGCUGGAACAGUCGACAAUAUUGGAUUUCACCUGAGCGGGAAAGCUCUCGAUUUAACUAACUUACCAUUCGCAAUCGGAAUUUACGGGUUCGGUUUUGGGAGUCACUCUGUUUUCCCAAACAUUUACUCAUCCAUGAAAGAACCUUCCAAGUUUCCUAUGGUUCUUCUCGCCAGUUUCGGUUUUUGCACGGUGUUUUACAUCUCUGUAGCAGUUUGUGGAUACAGCAUGUUUGGUGACGCGAUUCAAUCCCAGUUCACACUCAACAUCCCUCAACAUUUCACCUCAUCGAAAAUUGCAGCCUGGACAGCGCUCGUUACGCCAAUGACGAAAUACGCUUUAACGAUCGCUCCAGUCGUUCUGAGCCUAGAAGAGCUUAUACCGUCUUCGUCGAGAACUAUGAGAUCCAAAGGAGCCUCUACGGUUUUCAGAACCAUCUUAGUUCUCUCUACGUUGGUCGUUGCACUCACAGUUCCAUUCUUCGCUACUGUCGCGGCUCUGAUUGGAUCUUUCAUCGCAAUGCUUAUCGCGUUGAUAUUCCCUUGCCUAUGUUAUCUCAGCAUUAUGAAGGGUAGAUUAACUAACUUCCAAAUCGGAGUUUGUAUUUUCGUCAUAAUCGUCGGCGUUGUCAGCAGUUGCUGCGGGACUUACGCUGCGAUCGCCAGGUUAAUCGGCCAAAUGGCCUGA